CCAGAGCGACUGGUUCAGGUGAGGGGAGAGGGGUGAGGCGAGCAGGCUCCCUUCUUCUCUAUCCACACCAACAGAAGCAGAACUGCGGUCUGCAGAAGCAGUAUGGCGCUGGCGCUGGCGCGGCUGUAACUCGGCCCCGUCACCUUCCUCACCAGUGCCCUUUCCCUCCGUUGCCGACGAGCAGGAGCAGUCGCCCGGUUCCGUUCGUGCUUUGCCAGAAUUGGAGAUGCCAUCUGCCACGGGUGUACUCCAUUGAUUUGGACCGAGUUGAGCAAAUUCUGAUUCAACUGUCCAAGUGUCAAGCCCAUACAAUGCAGGGCAUCUCUAUAUCCGGUUCAGUUGCGUCACCCCAUGGAGCAAACUGCAGAAGGGCUUGCAUUGCAAGGAACAAUGUGAAGCUGCCUUGUGAGGUUAACUCAGUAAGCCAGGGAUUAUACUCUUUGCAUUGGUGUGUGCAUAAACCACAAAUGAGGACCAAUGGAAGAAGAAUGAAUGCUGCAGUAAGAACUAAUGCUAGAUGGUUGUUUGGAGGAGAUGGACGUAGCAAUGAUGCUAGGCUGGAGCGCAGCGAGUCUGCUAAUGAAGAUAUCUUGAUCUUCUACUUCCAAAUGGAUCUACAGACCCGGAUACAAUAUGCAUUGAAUAUAGAACAAUUUGAUGUGGCAAAGCAAUUGAGGGAAAAACUAACUGAGAUUGAAACAGAGAUUAUUAGGCAGCGUGAAGCUAAAAGGGGUUCACCAAAGACUGAAGCUCAAGACAAAGCUCUAAAUCUUUUACGUGUGCGUGCAGACUUGCAGAAAGCUAUUGACAGUGAAAACUAUGCUUUGGCAGCUGGUCUCCGUGAUGACAUUGCCAAACUUGAGGCCGAGUCUCUUGCAGUAUCUGCUAAAGCUCUUGCUUAUCAAAAUGUGAAAUAUGCAUUUCGAUUAGGGCAGAAAGUACGUCACAAUAUACAUGUGUUGACUUGGCGAACGCUCUUGUUUAUCCUGUCUUUACUUUUUGCACCAUCAUGCACUCAUGCUGAAGGAUAUAGAGGCGUGAUAUGUGGCAUGGACCCGGUGUGCUGUGAAUCCAAGUCCUGGAUGGAGACAGCAAACGUGGAGAAGCUGUCUAAGGGUCCAAAUCAACCUUUUUAUCAGGUCCUGGUUGAUGUAUACGUUGAUCCAGAACUGCUGGUUGCAUAUGUCGCGGAAGAAAAUCUUUCUGCAGCUGAAGAAUCAGAAAAGGGAAGGUUUGAUCACCCCUACAUUGAAUUUCUCUUUUACGGUGAGGACACAGCUGGGGAUUUCAUCCCUAUCAAGCAGCUCCGUGAGAAGUAUGACCAGCCACGUUAUGAAGCUUCUGGAGAUGAAAGUGACAACGAUGACAACACAAAUAGCUGAAGGGCAAGUGCCUUCAUGUUGCUAGAGUUGUGUUGGAACCAUUUUGAUUCACCACCACCAACUGAGAUGCGAAGUGAUGAACUAUCUGGUACAGCUGCAGAUGGCAGAUGUAAGACAAGGCAACCAUUGGCGAACUGUGCAUCCUCAGUAACCUGCAGUUAUCCUCUGCAUAUGCCGGCCAACCUUGCAGAUCGGAGAUUACCCUUUUAGAGUUUUACCCUCACCAAUCGAUUAAGCCAUGCUUGAGAGAAGCUGCAUGUGCCUUGCUUUUACGUUAUACCAUCGAUAAAUGUAAACAAAAAAGAAAAGAAAGGAAGAAAUAAAAAUAUCCUAUGGAUGUUCUGUGCAUAGUUCUCCGAGAUCUAUCUAGUUCUGUACUGUACCCUCUGAUGGACAAUUGUGUAUAUGUAAUACUGGCAACUUCUGUGGAGUCUCGAAUGACUUACGCGAAGGCUUCAAAUGUUGUUCCAAAA